AUGUCGACAUUGACGAAAAUUUUUAUCACCGUUAUAGUUGUAGCGUCUCUACCGCAGUCGUCAGCAUUUAGCAUUCGAGAACUGAUACGAGGAGGAAAGCGAGGCGAUUCGACGAGUAAGCAAGCUCCUUGCCCCACUUGGCACCCUUUCGAAUGCCCGUCCGGUGAGUGCGUUCCCAUCAAAUAUCUAUGCGACGGUUCUCCUGAUUGCUCCGACGAGUACGACGAAAAUAAAAGCAUGUGCACUGCAGGCGGAGAGUUCAAGCCACGAAUCGAAUAA